UGGGCCUCAGGUGGGCGUCAGAUCCCCGAAGGGGUGGGAGGGCAGGAAGUGGCGCCAGCUAGGGGCCUGGCGGCAGGCAGGAAGUGCCGGGAGGGAGGAAGCCUGCGGCCCCAGGCACCAGAUGCGGCAGGCGGCUGUUAGCAGGAGAAAGCGGGCACGGCAGGCCAGGCGUUGGGCCGGGCAGUGCGGGGACAUGUGGACCUCCACCACUCCCUGCAGCCCCUGAGUCGCAUGGCCUCCUUGGGCCCCAGGACACCUGACCCCAGCCCGACCCUCGGCAGCAGGAGAGUGAUGUGUUGGGUUAGCACCAUCAGCUUCAUGGCGGCAGAGGAGACUUACUGGCCCGUGCCCAUGAAGGCCAUCGGUGCCCAGAACCUGCUAACCAUGCCCGGGGGUGUGGCCAAGGCUGGCUACCUGCACAAGAAGGGGGGCACCCAGCUGCAGCUGCUCAGAUGGCCCCUGCGCUUUGUCAUCAUCCACAAGCGGUGCAUCUACUACUUCAAGAGCAGCACGUCUGCCUCCCCGCAGGGCGCCUUCUCACUGAGCGGCUAUAACCGGGUGAUGCGGGCAGUUGAGGAGACCACGUCCAACAACGUCUUCCCCUUUAAGAUCAUCCACAUCAGCAAGAAGCACCGCACCUGGUUCUUCUCAGCCUCCUCUGAGGAUGAACGCAAGAGCUGGAUGGCCCUGCUGCGCAGGGAGAUCGGCUACUUCCACGAGAAGAAGGAGCUGCCCCUGGACACCAGUGACUCCAGCUCGGAUGCAGACAGCUUCUACGGCGCCGUGGAGCGGCCCGUGGACAUCAGCCUCUCUGCAUACCCCAUGGACAACGAAGACUACGAGCAUGAUGAUGAGGACGACUCAUAUCUGGAGCCCGACUCCCCUGAACCCGGGAAGUUUGAGGAUGCCCUGAUCCACCCGCCCGCCUACCCGCCGCCCCCCGUGCCCACGCCCAAGAAGCCGGUCUUCUCCGAGGUGUCCCGCGCCCACUCCUUCACCUCCAAGGGCCUGGGACCGCUGCUGCCUCCCCCACCCCCUAAGCGUGGCCUCCCAGAUGCAGGCCUGACCCCUGAGGACGCCAAGAGGGACCCGCUGGUGAGGCAGGUUGGGCCCGGCCUCAAGGUGCCCGCCGCCUCCCGAAGGUUGAGCGACCCCCCGCCGGGUAGCCUGCCCACUGUACCCAGCCUCCGGCAGCCCCCUUGCUUCCGGGAGAGCCCCUGCCCCAGUCCGAAGCCCCGGAUCCCCGCCCAUGGGACCAGCGCCAUCUCUGCUGCCACAGCCGCCACUGCCACCAGGAACUGUGACAAGCUCAAGUUCUUCCACCUGUCCUCCCGGGGGCCACCCCCACCCGAACCCCCGCCCGUGCCGGCCAGCAAGCCCAAGUUUCUGAGGAUGGCUGAGGUGGCCACCCCGAGGGAAGUGGCCAAGCCUGGACUCUUUGUACCCCCCGUGGCCCCCAAACCUCCUGCCCUGAAGCUGCCGGCGCCCGAGGCCCCAGCCCAGCCUGAGAUUUUGCCCAGGCCAGAGAAGCUGCCAUUGCCCCACCUCCAGCGAUCGCCCCCCGAUGGACAGAGUUUCAGGAGCUUCUCCUUUGAAAAGCCCUGGCAGCCCUCGCAGGUGGACACCAGCAGGGAGGACUCGGAUGAGGGCUAUGAGAAGGUGCCGCUCCCCAACUCGGUCUUCAUCAACACAACAGAGUCCUUCGAAGUGGAAAGGUUGUUCAAAGCCACAAGCCCCAAGGGAGAGCCGCAGGACGGUCUCUACUGCAUCCGAAACUCCUCCACCAAGUCAGGGAAGGUACUGGUGGUGUGGGACGAAACCUCCAACAAAGUGCGGAACUACCGCAUCUUUGAGAAGGAGUGUAAGUUCUACCUGGAGAGCGAGGCCCUGUUCAUGAGCGUGGGCAGCCUGGUGGAGCACUACCACGCGCACGUGCUGCCCAGCCACCAGAGCCUGCUGCUGCGGCGUCCCUACGGCUGCGCCGAGCCCAGGUGA